AUGCGACGAGAUCUACCAGAACCCCCCGAGAUCCUCACUCGCACGAACUGGAAAUCAUGGAAAAAAGACAUCGAAAAACACGCCCGAAAAGAAGGAGUCUGGAAGUACUGUGACCCCAGUGCCCCAGAAAAAUACUAUCCCGAGCUCCAUGAGCCCGAAAAACCACACGUCUCCACAGUCCGACCCGAGGCAGAAUCCAUCAUUGACCUUGGAGAGGAUGACUUCAUCGAACUAUCCUCGGUCGUGGAUCUGUACUGGAAGCAGAUGCACGUAUACGAGAAGAUCCAAUCCGGACUAGAGGUCAUCUUUAGACUUAUACGAUACCAUGUCGACGAAGAAUACCUGAAUUUCAUUAGGAAUGCACAAACACCGCUGGAGCAGAUGACGGCGCUAUCUGCUAAAUUCAAGGAAUUUCGCCUGGGGAGUCUGCAGCCAAGAUGGGAGCGUAUACAAAAGCUGGCUAGUAAGGCGGAGGUACAGGAGUUAUUUGAACUAUGGAAUGCACUGUUCACGGACUGCGAUGGAUAUCAUUCUGGUAACGCUCGUAACCAGGAUGCCUUCUGGGAGUGUGUUGAGACAGCAGGAUAUUCCUCUGCAAACUGGUUACCUCUCACUUCUCAGAACUGGAUUGAAAAUCCCGACGCUGUUGAGUCGAGGUACUAUGAGGCUUGCACUCAGCCUCAUUCCGUGGUUAGGCGGGAGUCUACCGCUUCCCUGCACCGAAUUCAAAUACCCAGCUAUGAGAGCGACCAAUUCCAUACACUGGAGCUAGAGUCUAUCGCUCCCCGGCACUGGAUUAAAACCUCCAACACUGUUAACUAUGGGGAUGGCUGUGCUCAAACUCGUUCGCCAGCUAAACGGGAGUUUAUAGAUUCUCCGUAUUAUGUUAGCGACAGCGAGUCUACGGUGUCAAUUGGACACGCCUCUCUAAGCCCUCAGCUCAGUUCUAGGGCUGGUCGGAGUGAUCAGCGUGGAGAAGUCUCUGGGGGCGAUUUGGAGAUAACGGGUCUUCUGCGACAGUUAGUGCGCCAGGCAGAGAAAGCGAAACCGAAUUGCGAUGAUUUGGAUAAAUGGUAG